AUGUCACUUUUCCUUGGCAGCUCAUGUCCUGGUACGAACUUUGCGAAAAAUAUUUUCAGCAACGCUAGAUAACGAAUAGUUUGUUACCUACCUUUGAAUUCAUUGCUAAACGGUGUUCUUUGUGUGCAUCAGUCUUUAAUAUAUUUGAAAUAUUCGCAUAUUUAUCGCGAAAUGGCAUUUUCGGUCCUCAAUUCGGUGGUGAAACGGGCGGCAUCAAAUGUUUACAUAACCAGUUGUUUGCUGAAAAACGGUGGUGCUUUAUAUAAUUCUCAGCAGCGCCGUAACGCCGGCAAAUGGUAUCCAGACCAGGAAUUCAUCGAACAGUUCAAUGCAGCCGUAAUGUAUCCGGAUGAAGUCACAUCCAAGUGGAAAAUUCCCCCAUGGAACAGCAAGAUUGCUCCGGUGGAAAAGACGGUCCGCAAUGUGAAAUUAAACUUUGGUCCGCAACAUCCAGCUGCUCAUGGAGUUUUGCGCUUGGUGCUGGAACUGGAUGGUGAAACCGUAAUGAGGGCUGAUCCACAUAUUGGUCUGUUGCAUCGCGGUACCGAGAAACUAAUUGAAUAUAAAACGUAUACCCAAGCUUUGCCGUACUUCGACAGGUUGGAUUACGUUUCUAUGAUGUGUAACGAGCAGUGUUACUCUUUGGCCGUGGAAAAACUGCUCAACAUUGAUAUACCGUUACGUGCCAAAUAUAUUCGUGUACUGUUUGCGGAAAUAACUAGAAUUCUGAAUCAUAUCAUGGCUAUUGGAACUCAUGGUCUUGAUGUAGGAGCAAUGACACCUUUCUUCUGGCUGUUCGAAGAGCGAGAAAAGUUGAUGGAGUUCUACGAACGAGUGUCCGGUGCACGUAUGCAUGCAGCUUACGUACGUCCUGGUGGUGUUUCACUGGAUAUACCGCUUGGUCUGCUGGAUGAUAUAUACGAAUUUUGCUCUAAGUUUGCUGAACGUUUGGAUGAAACGGAAGAUGUUCUUACCACCAAUCGCAUUUGGGUACAGCGUACUCAGGACAUUGGCAUUGUAACAGCGGAAGAUGCUUUAAAUUACGGAUUCAGUGGUGUUAUGCUACGCGGAUCCGGUAUUAAGUGGGAUCUUCGCAAGGCGCAACCAUACGAUGCCUACGAUCUGGUGGAAUUUGACGUACCGAUCGGUACAAAGGGAGAUUGUUACGAUCGUUAUCUUUGUCGCUUAGAGGAGAUGCGUCAAUCAUUACGCAUAAUCGAUCAAUGUUUAAACCAGAUGCCGGCUGGGGAUAUAAGAACAGAUGAUGCUAAGCUGUGUCCACCAACUCGUGCCGAAAUGAAAAAUUCUAUGGAAGCAUUAAUUCAUCAUUUCAAGUUGUUCACGCAAGGCUAUCAAGUUCCGCCCGGAUCUACCUACACUGCAAUUGAAGCUCCGAAGGGAGAGUUUGGUAUCUACUUGGUCUCGGAUGGUUCCAGCAAGCCAUACCGCUGUAAGAUAAAGGCACCCGGUUUUGCUCAUCUGGCCGCUAUCGAUAAAAUCGGAAAACACCACAUGCUAGCUGACAUUGUGGCCAUCAUCGGUACACUGGACGUUGUAUUUGGCGAAAUCGAUCGUUAGACAUGAUGGAAUCAAUUAAUCGAAGCGAAAGUAAUAUAAUACACCUCGAAGAAUUAUAAAUCAGGUGACAUGUAAAUUAUCGUUACGAAAAAAAGUUCAAUAAACGAUCGUAAAUCUUGAAGUCAAA